GUUGCCAAACAGCAAUGCAUGUUGCCUAACAACUGAACAAUCAAGCCAUAGCAACUUAAUAAUGUAUGUAAAACAUUAAGGAAAAUUUUGUACUUUCGAAAUAAAAUAAAAGCGACUUGAAAGGAUUUUGUCAGCUAAACACAAUGUUUUGGGGUCUAAGUGAAGCGCUUGAUCUCUAUCAAGAAUAUUGCAAAGCAUUUAAAAUAGAGCAGACAAUCACAGAGGAAGCACAAAACCAGGAAAAUGCAAAUAUAAAUGAAGACAGCCUGCACACCCUCGAUGUUGAGGAAGCAAAGCAAGAUGAAGAGGGGUUACCAAAUGGAGAACAAGAAGAUGGCGCUGCUGACGACGCACCAUCAACGGGUAGAACACUCAACGUGCUGCUCUUCGGUGCUGGCGAUCCACGACAUGUCAUCAAAACUAUGGCCAAAAUGUACCAACACAAAGGCAGUCGCGUAAAUUUCUACCUGCUUGAUGGUUGCAUAGAAAUCGUUGCGCGAAAUAUGCUAUUACUCGGUAUAGCGCUCGAGAAUCCAGGAACUUAUAAUUUAAUAAGAAAAGUGCAUCUCUUCAUGGACGUCUAUGGCAAUACCCUACUGCGCCCACCAACGCACCAAUAUUUGAUGGGCAAAUCGAAGACAAUGCUGAAAAUGGUCACCGAUGAUGAGCUACUGCACAGGUUGGCGCCGCAGUUGAAUAUUGAAGGUUUGAGAUAUCGUGAGCGGGAUGGUUUGGAGAAUGCUUUCAACUUUUUGCUGCCGCGUGAGGGUUAUGUCUUCAAUGUGCAAGAGUAUUGGUCCGAGCGCGUACGUAGACUGUUGACUACACGCUAUGAUUAUCGUGAAGGCGCCUUCGACUGGGAUUUGAAUAUGGUGCUGAAAGAUAGAGAUGCGUCGCAAAUAUGCCCGCAGGAAUACCGUUAUUGGCGUGAGACUGGCAUUGCUUUUACUUAUCCCGAAUAUGAGCAGUGCAAGCCGAAUAAAACACUCGUCACCGGUUUGGUGCGCAAUGGCGAAAAGUAUCUGCAUCGUGGCUAUGCGGGUGACAUACAAACCGGUCCAUUUUGCACAUUCGGUCUGCAUACGGGUGACAAACAGAUAAUGAACUCUGUGCAUGGCGAUAAUGAUUAUCGUGCCACGGAUAUCACCGAACGUAAUCUGCUCGAAUACUUUCACGAGCUGCAAACUCGCACCGCUUACAUACAUGACCGUGCGAUUUCGCGCAAAUAUGGUUCUGUGAAAUUGCUCAUGGGUGAGCGCCUUUCCUAUGACGAGUGUGAUCUGGACGGCAUGCGUGACUACGAUAAACCAUGGAUUAAUGUGGAGCAAUGUAAGGUGUUUUUUCUCUCAGCCGAUGACAUUUUUACACUGCAAAAUGUACAGGCUAAUGAGAACUGGUGUAACUUUUUCGAUCUCGCUUUUGUGGGUCACAAUUAUUUUCCAUUUCUAAAAAGCAAUUUCGCCGAGGUGCUGCGCGACAAGGCACUGCUCAUUUUGGAGAGUAAAUUAUUAACUGUGGCACGUAAGGAGGUGGUGAAGGAGUUUGAGGAUAAAUUAAAAGCAUAUGCGAAGUUACUCAACCUAACGCCGGUUAUCAACUACAAGGUUUUGAAUUCGAAAAACCGCAUUUUGAAAUUUAAGAAAAUCAGCGAAAAGCUUCAGAGCAAUAACUAAAUUUAAUAAAAUGCUAUUU